AUGCCUGCGGAGCUGGAUGUCAAACAUUUGGGAACAGUUGUCUUAGCGAGUACUGAGAAUCUUCAGCAGCGCUUAAGAAAACCUUUAUAUUUAUUAAUCAUGAACAAAAUUAUUUUAAUUGUCUCAUUAAUCGGAGCCGCAGUGGCAAAGCCCUCGGCUUUAUUCCUGAGCCCUGCAUUGGUCGAACUAAGACCUGGUGCGCAAAUCGGCCUCGAUGGCAAGGUGGUGGACACUCCGGAAGUCGCAUUUGCAAAAGCAGAACACGCAGCAGCGCAUUUGAACGAAAGAUUGAACCACGUUUCUGCUCAAAGUCCUGUUGCAGUUCCAGUAGCAAAAAUCGACGUGUCUGGAGGAGCUCCUGUCGGAGUAGACGGACGCGUCGUUGACACCCCCGAAGUAGCGUUGGCAAAGGCAGAACACGCUGCUGCUCACUUAAAUGAACAAUUGGAAUCCCACAGCGCCGAUUCAAACAUCUUGACCUACAAGCUCGCGAAACUCCAACCUGGAGCACCAAUUGGGCUCGAUGGCCGCGUUCUCGAAACUCCUGAAGUAGCUCUCGCGAGGGCUGAGCACGCUGCUGCUCAUAUCAAUGAAAGACUCAACCACGCUGCCAAGGAAGCUAUCAUUCCUACUUACUCUUACUCUUAUAUUGCUCCGAGUCCUGUUAUUGUCCUAUCAAUGGCGCUAGCCAGCCAAGCGGCUUACCAAGAAUUCGGGCCUCAAAAAUUCGGCCCCCAAGAUUACGGACUAGGACAUCAAGAAUACGCGCAUCAGCCUCAACCGAUCCACAACCAGCGCUUCGCUCCUCCAGCACCAGUCGGACACGACGGUAAUGUGAUCGAUACCCCGGAAGUCGCCCAAGCUAAGGCCGCACAUUUCGAAGAAUUCGCGAAAGCUAAGGCCCGCGCUGCUGCCUCCCAGGAAAAGGAACCCUUGGACUCUCACCCUCAUUACCAGCAAUACGAAUCACCCGCUCCAGUCCACCGCGCUCCAGCUCCUGUCCACUACGCUCCAGCUCCAGCUCCAGUCCACUCCGCACCAGCUCCUCUUCCCAGCUACAGAUUGGCCUCCUCGCAUUACCCGGUCUCAGAGCCCCACUACCACAAUGCUGAGCCGCACUUCAACCCAGAACCCGCGAGCUACAACCACCAGCCGGCUCCUCACCAUUUUGCGGGUCCUGUCGCACCCAAGGCUCACUUCCAGCCUGCUCCUUUGGCUAAAGACGGAACUGUCAUCGACACUCCCGAGGUAGCUGCUCUGAAGGCCGCUAGGUUAGCUGAACUCGCUGAUGCUGAAGCCAGAGCUGCUAAAUACGCUGGAGAUAAUUAUGAUGAGCAAGGAUUCAACGCUGGACAUGCAGGACACGGAGCACCGGCUCAGGUUCAAUACAACUCAGCUUACCCCGCGCAGCCAGCUUACUCUCCCUACGGAAAAUUUAAAUAA